UGAAAAUCUUGUUGAUUCUGGGGAGCCCAGCACGUGGCACGAGCGUCACGCCAAACAGCCCGCUCGCCUUCUCUUCGGUGUCGGCCGCCGCCACCUCCCAGAACCUCCUCGUGCCCUCGUGUGCCAGGCCCGCGGUGGCCGAGAUCCACGGUUCACAGCAUGUCCGCCUUGGCCCCUGCUGCGGAGGGAGAGGGAACCCCCGCCCAGCCUGCAUCCGAGAAAGAACCCGAAAUGCCCAGUCCCAGAGAGGAGAGCGAGGAGGAAGAGGACGAGGACAACCAGGAGGAGGAGGAAAAAGAAAAGAGUCUCAUCGUGGAAGGCAAGAGGGAAAAGAAGAAAGUAGAGAGGUUGACAAUGCAAGUCUCUUCCUUACAGAGAGAGCCAUUUACAAUUGCACAAGGAAAGGGGCAGAAACUUUGUGAAAUUGAGAGGAUACAUUUUUUUCUAUGUAAGAAGAAAACCGAUGAAGUUAGAAAUCUACACAAACUGCUUUACAACAGGCCAGGCACUGUGUCCUCAUUAAAGAAGAAUGUGGGUCAGUUCAGUGGCUUUCCGUUUGAAAAAGGAAGUGUCCAAUAUAAAAACAAGGAAGAAAUGUUGAAAAAAUUUAGAAAUGCCAUGUUAAAGAGCAUCUGUGAGGUUCUUGAUUUAGAGAGAUCAGGUGUAAAUAGUGAACUAGUGAAGAGGAUCUUGAAUUUCUUAAUGCAUCCAAAGCCUUCUGGCAAACCAUAGCCAAAAUCUAAAAAAACUUCUAGCAAAGGCAGUAAAAACGAACGGAACAGUUCUGGAAUGGCAAGGAAGGCUAAGCGAACCAAAUGUCCUGAAAUUCUGUCAGAUGAAUCUAAUAGUGAUGAAGAUGAAAAGAAAAACAAGGAAGAGUCUUCAGAUGAUGAAGAUAAAGAAAGUGAAGAGGAGCCACCAAAAAAGACAGCCAAAAGAGAAAAACCUAAACAGAAAGCUACUUCCAAAAGUAAAAAAUCUGUGAAAAGUGCCAAUGUUAAGAAAGCAGAUAGCAGCACCACCAAGAAGAAUCAAAACAGUUCCAAAAAAGAAAGCGAGUCUGAGGAUAGUUCAGAUGAUGAACCUUUAAUUAAAAAGUUGAAGAAACCCCCUACAGAUGAAGAAUUAAAGGAAACAAUAAAGAAAUUACUGGCCAGUGCUAACUUGGAAGAAGUCACAAUGAAACAGAUUUGCAAAAAGGUCUAUGAAAAUUAUCCUAUUUAUGAUUUAACUGAAAGAAAAUAUUUCAUAAAAACAACUGUAAAAGAGCUAAUUUCUUGAGAUAGAGGACAGAGAAGAUGACUCGUUCCCACAGAUUUGAAGAUCUGAUUUAUACCAUUAUACCAGCAAAGAGAAUGUAUUUCCUUUUCUAAAUCCUUGUUAAGCAACGUUAGAACUUACUGCUGACCUUUUUAUCUUGAGUCUUAUGUGAAUUUGAGUUUGCUAUUUUAAAUUGAAUUUCUAUGCCAUUUUUAGUUUAAAAUCUUACAUGGCAUUAACUGUUCCUUGCUUUUAUAGUUGUAUUUUGUACAUUUUGGGUUUCUUUAUAUAAGGUCAUAGAUUCUUGAACUGUUGUGGUUUUAGUGCACUUAAUAUUAGCUUGCUUAAGGCACACUUUUAAUCAAGUAGAACAAAAACUAUUAUGACUGGGAUUUAUACACACAGAGAUUGCAGUAUUUAGUAUAUGAAAUAUUUUGAAUACACAUCUCUGUCAGUGUGAAAAUUCAGUGGCAGUGUGUCCAUCAUAUUAAAAAUAUACAAGCUACAGUUGUCCAGAUGACUGAAUUGGAACUUUCCUCCUGCAUGUGUAUAUAUGUCAGACUGUCAGCAUGACAAAAGUGACAGAUGUUAUUUUUGUAUUUUUAAAAAACAAUUUGUUGUAUACAAAGUUUUUAAAUUUCUUUUGUGCAGACCGCUUUUUAAACUCACGUAGGUAGGUAUCUUUACAGGUGUAGACUAUGGAAUGUCAGUGUUCAGCCAGACAGUAUGAUGGAGUAGUGAAAGUCAAUUCAGUGAUGGAACAUGAAGGAACAGUUAUCCUGCUUUGUCUCGAAAGUGUCAUCAAUUUGUAAUUUUAGUAUUAACUCUGUAAAAGUGUCUGUAAGUACGUUUUAUAUUAAGGACAGACCAAAAAUCAACAUAUCAAAGCUUCAAAAACUUUGGGAAAGGGUGGGAUUAAGUACAAGCACAUUUGGCCUAUAGUAAAUGAAUCAAUUUUUAUUAACUGCUUUUGUCCAUAUAAAAUGCUGAUAUUUACCGGAAACCUAGACACCUUCAUGAUUACGAUUAAAGUACCAGAUUAUAAUGCCAGAAUAUAAUGUGCAAGCAAUCGUGGAUAUCUCUGACAAAGUGUAUCUCAAAAAUAAUAUACUUUUACAUUAAAGAAAUUUGAUGUUUCUCUGGAGUUGGGACUCUGGCUUUUAAAGUUUGGCUAAUCAGUGUUGAUUCUAGAUGAUCAACAUAAUGGACCACUCCUGAAUGAGACUAAUUUUGUCUUUCAAAUUUACUGUCUUAAAUCAGUUUAUUAAAUCUGAAUUUUAAAACAUGCUGCUUAUGACAGAAUGACACAUUUGAUGUACCAAUUAAGGGUUGAAAAAUAUCUUUGCAUCAUGGAACAGAAAUAUAUAUGUUGAAUGUUAACAGGUAUUUUCACAGGUUUGACUUGUUUGAUAGUUACUCAGACACUAGGGAAAGGUAAAUAGAAGUGAACAAAAUAAGCAACUAAAUGAGACCUAAUAAUUCGUCUUCGAUUUUAAAUAUUUAAUUCAUUCUUAUAAACCUUGUCAAUAAAAUUAAUCUAAAU